AUGGAGCAACCUCACGGCUUUGUCUCUAAGCAAUUUCCAAGUCAUGUUUGCCAUUUGAAGAAAGCUCUCUACGGCCUCAAGCAAGCACCACGAGCUUGGUAUGGUAAAGUAGCUCAAUACUUAAUCUUUUGUGGUUUUAGAGUUUCUGAUUGUGAUACGAAUGAUCGUCGCUCCACUUCAGGUUACUGUUUUAGCAUGGGUUCGACAGUGGUUUCUUGGUACAACAAGAAGAAAGAUGUUGUUGCUUUGUCUAGCACCGAAGUUAAAUAUAUUGCAGUAACCAUGGCUGCACAAGAGUGA